GACAUCACUUAUCCACAACACAUUCAUUCACAUAAGAGAGAGGGAGCUGCUUCCAGAGCGGAGUUUGACUGAUCUGCUGGGUUUUCCUAAAGGAGCUUCACUUCUUCUGACUGAUAUCUGCUGAAACAAGCUUUCAGGAAAAGUUUCCUACUAACUACAGGCACAAUGAGCUUCUUUAGCUACUUUUUUUGUUUGGUUCUCUGUUUUUAUCAGAUUGGGAGGAAUCCUGCUAGUGCUGGGAUGUGUUGGCUGCAGCAGAGUCAGGACCAGAGGUGUGACAUGGUACUGAUGAGAGGGGUGACCAGAGAGGAGUGCUGUGCCGGGGGCCGCCUGGACACAGCCUGGUCUAACACCAGCCUGCCAAUGAAUGAGGUCAGCCUGCUGGGCUUCCUGGGAAUUGUCUCCUGUAAACCCUGCAAAGAAACAUGCGAGGGAGUCAAAUGCAGCCCCGGGAAGAUUUGCAAAAUGAAGUUGGGGAGGCCCCAGUGUGUGUGCAAUCCAGACUGCUCUAACAUUACCCGGAAGCAUGCUGUGUGCGGCAGCGACGGGAAGUCAUAUAAGGAUGAGUGUGCUCUUCUGAUGGCUCGCUGCAUGGGACAUCCAGACCUGGAGGUCAUGUACCAAGGAGACUGCAAGAAGUCGUGCUCCAAUGUGGUGUGUCCAGGUACCCAUACAUGUGUGACCGACCAGACAAACAGCGCUCACUGUGUCAUGUGUCGCACAACUCCUUGCCCAAUUCCCCUGCCAUCUGAGCAGCCGAUCUGCGGCAAUGACAACAUCACUUACCCCAGUGCCUGCCACCUCCGUCGAGCCACCUGCUUCCUCGGACGCUCCAUAGGAGUCCGCCACUACGGCCACUGCAACAGUCCCCCUCGGAAAUCCAACAAUUUCCACGCCAGUGAGGAAAAUGCAGUCUAAAAGGACACCUAAUAUUGUCAAGAGACAAGCUGGUCGACAAACAGUUCCAAGUGCCACACCACAAGCUUCCCAUGAUGACCUCUUUUUUUAUGACAAUCACUCCCCCCUCCCCUUUUUGUAUACAGAAUGACAUGUUUGAUAUGAGAGUCCUCUCUUGGAAGACAUACCUAAGUGUAACUGCCUCAAAAAGAGCUUCAAAAAAUCUGCAAGCAAUCAGUGUUCAUCUUGUGUAAGUUUGGAAAGUACAGGCAGAUGAACACUGAGAUAUCUCUGAGCUCUUUGGUAGAUGUGUGGAUAUUGUAAAUAGAACACCACUACUAUUUAUUGGAGAAGGUAACAACUCUAUUUAUGUUUUUAUCCUAGCAAUAAAUCCAUGUAUCCUUGGGAAAGCUGACAGAAAAAAAUGUAUUUAUUGUGUUUUUUAUUUGUAUGUACAAUAGAGGGCCUCGUGCUUUGGCGCACUACAACUUUUAUACAGUUUUUACAGUCUCCAGUCCCCCCAAUACAAACAGUUUUCCCUCCUAAACUGAUGGAAAGCAACACCAAUUUGUCUGGAAAGUUGGUACCACUUCAGUCUGCCGAUGUGGUUUCAGUUCACCACAAACAAUAACAGGACAGUUGUACUGUAUAUACACAAGCUUUUGUGUGGAGGUGAGUAACUGAUUCAGCCUAAACAAACCUGUGUAGUCUAAACAUGUUUACUCUGGAUCCUCAUACAAACUGAGAAACCAACUGAUCACUAUAAAUAACUGUUUGUAGGCAUCUAAGAAGAGUGUUGGUACGACCUCAAGUGCUCUGCAAUACCUCCUCUGUUGAGCACUUGGCUUUUCUGAAUGCAUUUUCUAUUUCAUUCCAUUGCUGUUUGCCUGCUUUGAUUUGAUUGGAACUUUCUGAAGAUAUUUCUGGACAGUCAAAUGUAAUUAGAGAUGUCUGAUUGAAAGGAUAAUUGAAUUUGUCUGAGAAUCUGCUGCAGUUAAGGCCACCCGAAUGUACCAGAUUGUACUGCUAUUAGAGAUGAGACAGUCUGUUUGUUGAUGAUGCUGGUAAACUCGGGAGGUAUGAAACAAAUGGUCUACUUAAAUGUCAAAGAGAUCAGAUAAAAUCUCCCAAGUCAAAGCAGAUGAAAGACAACUCCUCCUGUAAAUAAAAGUCUCAUAUGUACCUACCUGUGUACCUACUGUGAAAUUUGAAUGAUAAAUACAUUAACAUAUUUUUGUAUUUUUGUACUGUCGUUUCAAAACAACAUAAAGUUUAACAUUUGUCACAA